ACGAAAAUAGAGACAAAGUAGAGACGAAAAGAAAAUAAAUUCAUUUUACAAAUACUAAAUUCGCUUCAAUAGUUUACGUCGAGAGACUCAGACUAACAGCAAAAAAAAAAGGCAAAAAAGUCUACAAUAAAAACCCGAAAAGUAAAAAAUUAUUAUAUUAGAAAUUAAGUUAAUUAAAUAAAAUUAACAAUUAAUAUCUAACAAUUAAAGAAUAAACGGUUUAGUUAAAAGAAAAAAGUCAUGGAAUAAGUUUAAUACAAGAAAAUUAAGAAAAACCCCCAGAGCAAAGGUUUUUGAGACAAACACUCAUUGACAGAGACAGCAGUAGCAGUCGAAAAAAAGGCAUUCAAAAAUUGAAUCAUGGAUACAGGAGUUUAAAAAAUGUACGAAAACGAAUAUUUAAAUAUGUUACUAAAACCAAGUGUUAAAUGAAACAAAAUAAAAUUAUUAAAGUUUUUUGUGUUAAAUUAAAACAAAUUGUGUAAAAUGAAAAAGAAAUUUACAAAAAGAAAAGUCUAACGUUACAAAAAAAGUGGAAGAAGAAAAAAAGUUAUAUUAAAUUAGGCUGUGCCUUAUUUUGAUGUAUUUAACAAGAUACUUUAUAAUAAACAAUAACAAUAAAUAAGAAAGAAAUAUUCCGACAAAAACUACAACUUAACAAAAAAGUUUAGUGAAUAAUUAAUAACUAAAAAGUGUUGAAAAUCGUAAGUGAACAACAACAAUAAACAAACAAACAAACAGAACAAUGUCUUCAUUAUUAUAGACUGUUAACAAAAUUGCCCUUUACAGCUUGCUUGAUUUAUUUAUCAGGCACAGUGGGCCUAAACACGCACAAAGCAACUACAAUUAAAAGCACUGAAAGCACAAUUAAGCACUUUAAAUUUAAGUACAACAACACGAUAAACUUCGUUAAAUAAACGAACGAAAAAAAAAAAUAACGCACAACGAAAUUGAAAUUAUAUAGAAUUGAAAUAAACUCAAAACUCGCCUCGAUCUCUGUUCAAUAAAGGAACUAAAAAGUUUAAUAUAAAAUGUCUCGAUCCAAAUAUCACACUAUGUUAUUACGUUUACUGUAUAAACUAUUAAUAUUUGUGGCCAUAAUACAGCAAAAUUAUGGUAAUCCCACAGCCUCUAAUAUGCCCUCUUUGCCACCACCUUUUGAAAUGGAAUUAUCCUCACCAGUGCCAUUUACCACACGUAAACCAGAGAUUUUAACGUCUGAUCAGGAAAAUGAUAAAAAUAUAGAGAUUUUAGCCGCACCCUUAGAAGAGAAAAAUAGCAGUUCUACUACCACUACUACUCUAAAGACUAUAGAAACGAAUUUAAAGGAUUUGAAUAAUUUGAAAGAGGAGCCAAUAAUUAUUAAGGAUAAUAACAAUAAUCCUAUUAAUAACAAUGAUGAUGAUAAAAACAACAAUAACAAUAAUGCUGAUAAUAAUAGCAGUUAUGAUGAUUAUAUAGAGACUGAUCUUAACGUGGAAAAAACCACUCCAACUUCCAUGGAACAACAGGAUGAUCCUGUCAUUCCACCCACUACCAUAACAUUUAGUAAUGUUGCAGCAGCUGGUAUUUUAGGCAAUUCCAAUUCAAAUAUUGAUGGUGUUGUUAUGGGUGGCAGUGAUGGUAAUAAUGGCGCUGGUACUGUAGUCAAUUAUAAUGAUGCCACUCCUCCCUAUGCUGCAGUUGAUAAUAAAUAUGUGCCAAGUAAACCUCAAAAUCUCACCGUAUUAGAUGUUACGGCAACAAGCAUAACGAUGUCUUGGCAUCCACCUAAAAAUCAAAAUGGUGCAAUUGCCGGUUAUCAUGUCUUUCAUAUACAUGAAAAUCAAACAGGCGUGGAAAUUGUAAAACGUAAUGCUGCAGAUUCAGCCAUAACAUUUGAGCUGCCAAAAUUAAAACCUUUUACUGAAUACCGCAUUAAAGUAAAUGCUUUUACUACUAAAAACGAAGGAGAAUCUUCAGAUAAAAUUAUACAACGUACCGAUGUAGCGGGACCAAGUGCACCGAUUAUUGUGAAUUUAACAUGUCAUUCACAAGAUUCGUUAACCAUACGCUGGAAACGUCCUUUAGAAUUUUAUAAUAAUAUUGAUUUUUAUAUAAUAAAAACAAAAAUUAUGGGUCAAGAUGCUCAUCGUGAUAUAAGGAUAAAUGCCUCGGCGAAGGAAUUGGAAACAGCGAUGAUUAUACAGAAUUUAACCAUGUAUCAAUUGUAUGAAGUUAAAGUGGCGGCAGCUACUUUCAGCAUAAUAAAUCCAAAGAAAAUUAUUUUGGGUAAAUUUUCUGAAGGCAAAAAGAUUGGUUUACAACCCAACUGUGAAAAGAUACAACCUCUUUUGCGCCAAUCUCAUAAUGAUUAUAAUUUAGCGGUUUUGGUUGGCAUCAUUUUUAGCUGUUUCGGCAUAGUGCUCAUUGUAAUGGCAUUCUUUUUAUGGAGCAGGAAGUGCUUCCAUGCUGCCUAUUAUUAUUUAGAUGAUCCACCACAUCAUCCCAAUGUACCUCAAGUAGAUUGGGAAGUACCGGUUGAAAUUGGCGGAGAGAUAAGAGCAGCUGUACCCGUAAAUGAGUUUGCCAAACAUGUGGCCUCAUUGCAUGCCGAUGGUGAUAUUGGUUUCAGUCGAGAAUAUGAAGCCAUACAAAAUGAAUGCAUUACCGAUGAUUUGCCCUGUGAACAUUCUCAGCAUCCGGAGAAUAAAAGGAAAAAUCGUUAUUUAAACAUAACAGCCUAUGAUCAUAGUCGUGUCCAUUUACAUCCCACCCCUGGCCAGAAAAAGAAUUUGGAUUAUAUUAAUGCCAACUUCAUAGAUGGCUAUCAAAAGUCAAGGGCCUUUAUUGGUACCCAGGGUCCUUUGCCCGAUACAUUUGAUUGUUUCUGGCGCAUGAUUUGGGAACAACGUGUUUCCAUCAUAAUAAUGAUAACGAAUUUAGUAGAACGAGGACGCCGUAAAUGUGAUAUGUAUUGGCCCAAGGAAGGGGUAGAAACCUAUGGGGUCAUACAAGUAAAACUAGUCGAAGAGGAAGUCAUGGCCAUGUACACCGUGAGAACAUUACAAAUUAAGCAUUUAAAGCUUAAGAAAAAGAAACAAUGUAAUACCGAGAAAAUUGUCUAUCAAUAUCACUACACAAAUUGGCCCGAUCAUGGGACUCCUGAUCAUCCUUUGCCGGUGUUGAAUUUUGUUAAAAAAUCAUCAGCCGCUAAUCCACCCGAUGCUGGUCCAAUUGUAGUGCAUUGUAGUGCUGGUGUUGGUCGCACCGGUACCUAUAUUGUCUUGGAUGCCAUGCUUAAGCAAAUCCAACAGAAAGGUGUGGUUAAUGUAUUUGGUUUCCUGCGUCACAUACGUAUACAACGUAAUUUCUUGGUACAAACCGAGGAACAAUAUAUUUUCAUACACGAUGCUCUAGUCGAGGCUAUAGCGUCGAGUGAAACUAAUUUAAGAGCAGAACAAAUUGAGGAAUUGAAGAAUUGUACUCCUUAUUUGGAGCAACAGUAUCGUAAUAUCAUACAAUUCCAGACCAAAGACAUACAUAUUGCUUCGGCCAUGAAGCAGGUUAACUCGAUUAAGAAUCGUGGUGCUAUAUUCCCCAUAGAAGGUAGUCGAGUACACUUGACACCCAAACCAGGCGAAGAGGGCAGUGAUUAUAUAAACGCCUCUUGGUUGCAUGGAUUUAGAAGACUGCGUGACUUUAUUGUCACACAACAUCCUAUGGCUCAUACGGUCAAGGAUUUUUGGCAAAUGGUUUGGGAUCAUAAUGCUCAGACUAUUGUUCUAUUAUCAUCAUUGGAUGAAAUUAAUUUUGCCCAAUUUUGGCCCGAUGAUACGUCACCCAUUGAGAGUGAUUAUUAUCGUGUGAAAUUUUUGAGUAAAACUAAUAAAUCCGACUAUGUAAGUCGAGAUUUUGUCAUACAAUCCAUACAGGAUGACUAUGAGCUUAGUGUAAAAAUGUUACAUUGUCCCAGUUGGCCGGAAAUGUCGAAUCCCAGCAGCAUUUAUGAUUUCAUUGUCGACGUUCAUGAGCGCGGCAAUGAUUAUCGUAAUGGACCAAUUGUUGUAGUGGAUAGAUAUGGUGGAGCUCAAGCCUGUACAUUUUGUGCCAUUUCUUCGCUGGCGAUCGAGAUGGAAUACUGUCAAAUGGCGAAUAUUUAUCAAUAUGCCAAAUUAUAUCACAAUAAACGUCCCGGUGUUUGGACAUCUAGUGAAGAUAUACGCUUAAUCUAUAAUAUACUCGCUUUGCUGCCACGUAAUUUGCAGUUAUUGAAACGUACUGCCAUUAAAACGGAAAUCGAAGAUGUUACAACAGCCACACCGGAUCUAUACAGUAAAAUCUGCAGUAAUGGUAAUGAAAUGCUAAUAAAUAAACACAAUCAUGAUAUGAUGAAACGUAUCAGCAGUAAUAAUCAAAAUCAAUGUCAAAAUUUAAAUAUCAAUUUGAAUGCGAAUUUAAAUUUGAAUUUUAACCAUCAUAUUAAUACUACAACAUUACCACAAUCAGUUGCGCAAAAUACAACUCCAACAACAACUACAACAACACAAGCCACAAAUGCAUCACAACAAAAUCCAAUAUUAAAUCAAAUACAAACCCCAUCAUCACCACAAACACCACCAAAUCCUUCACAAUUACAAAAUUUAUCAUCAACAUCUUCUGCUACAUCUUUAGCAUCAACAUCCCAAAUAAAUCACAAUCAUAAUCAAAAUCCCAAUUCAUCAACAUCAGCAUUAGCAUUAGAUAAUAAUAUUGGCCAUAAUCCUAUAAAUAAUCAAAAUACUUCUACUACAACACAUCCUCACUGUAAUAAUCUUCUUUAUAAUAAUCAUAUUAAUAUUAAUAAUCCUUUAGUUAAUAAUGAAAUUAAUACAAAUACUAAUAUAAAUUUUAAUGAUUCUUCUAAUACUUUUAAUACUACUACCACCAACCACACCAAUACUACUACUACUACUAACACUGGUAAUGGGGAUUUAACAACUUCUCCUAAUUGUUGCAAUACUACUACUUCUAAUAAUAUUGCUUUGCAACCACCAAAUGCACCUACAACAACAACAUCUCCAACACAACCACCUGCCAACAACACCUCUUCGCCGUCAUCGGUAUAUCAUCAACAACAACAAAUGUUGGCGCUAUUAAAUCAACAACAAUAUGUGCAACAUUAUGCCCAAAAUGAAAAUCAAUUACAACACCAACAACUACAUGAAAUAAAUGAUGAUGAUAAUUGUGAUAUAACUUCGUAUACUCCACCUCCACCACCGGCGGCUUUUACUAAUGGGUCAACAACAACAAACACAAACAUGGGCUCACCAAUACCACCUCCUGCUCUACAUAUUGUUGAUCACAAUCCAAUUGAUUCAAUUGCCGAUUAUCCCAUUGGUUUACAAAUCUGUCAACCACCGCCACCACCACGUCCCACCUCACCCCCUUUGUCCUUGGCUAAUGGUAAUAAUGAUUUAAAUAAUUCCUUUACCUCAACUUCAUCCUCCACUUCCUCCUCAUCCUCCGCCUCCUCUUCCUCGGUUUCUGCAAAUUCCGUUAAUGCCAUAAAUGGUGCUUGUUUAAAUAAUUUAACCACUCCAAUGACAAACAACACAACCACAGUUACUGAUGCUCAAAGCUUAGAUAUCGUAGGUUAAAAUUAUAUAUAUAUUUAUAAAUAAAAACAAUAUAUAGUCUAAUCUAAAAUUCCCGAAGGAAAAAACAUUAACAAAUUAUGGGAAACCCCAA